AUGGCCACGACAAAUUUGACAAUUUUUCGGCGCGUAGUUGGGACAAUUCUUCUUCUAUGCGUCGCUUUUUAUUUCCAUUUCGGGGGGUCUAGUCAGAGCGACACCUCUAGUCCUUUCGAAAGGCUAGUUUCCUGUUCCCGCGUCGGAAAUCCAAAUGAAUGUCUUACGAAAAGUAUGGAUCUCUUGUUGCAACAACAAAAACGAGAGUUGACUACUGUGGCUUAUGAAGCGACCCGGUUUUGUCUCCUUCUGCUCCAGCAGCAGGGAUUUAGCGAUCGCAACUUGAUAUUCAGUGUCCAGAAUUGUUUGGGAAUUGCACAAAUAAUUGAUACUAGUCAGCUUAGAUUCACCCAAAACACGCAAAAUCGGAUGUUCUUGAUAUAUCACUCGAUUUCACUUGUUCUUAUGGGCGUUCUCUCUUACUUUAUGAGCAAAUUAGGCGCCAUGAACAAGGUGUUCGAUUUCAGCCAUGAGAAGAACUCUAUAUCAUUACCUAAAUCGAGUCUUGACAAUAGAGUCAUCCUGGAAGGUCUUAUCACUACAGAUCAACAGUCAAUGCUGUCCCACCUUUCUGACACGGAGACGGGAGCAGAACGAUGGGUGACUACGAAGCCCAAUGCUGCUGUGGAUUUUACAAUGGAAAUUGAAGAGGAUUUAGAACUGGGAUUCGGAAGCGGUGAGCAGACAAAGCUCAAUUCAGCAAAUGUUUGGCAUGAAUAUCAGGAUUUCUCAAGCGAUGCAAUCAAAGCCGAAAAAAAGAUACCAGAUGCAGAAGUCUCUGAAGAAAGAUCAAUAAUGACCUUCUCCGAAAAAACCCCAUUACCCUCACAGAGAUCCUUCAAUAUCUGUACUGAACAAGGAAGGGCGGAGAUGCGAGAAUUUCUUGCGAUAAAAAUGGCCUCCAAAUUAAUGGCUUCCAAAUGUUCGUGA